AUUGCCAAUAAUAAUAAUAAUCCUACAAAACCACAAAAGUAUUCCAUGAAUAAACUAAAGAGGAUGCUUCUUUCUUUAAUUUAAUUCAUCCAAAGAAUAAAUAAAAAACAAAUCAUUUCUGCUGCUCUGUCUGCUCUGCUUCGCAAGCUGAGGGAUUAGAGACAGAGUUAGAUCGUAAGGAAGUUGGUAAAGUGAUCUUUGACAACAACACCAUUCUCACCGUUGGAUCAAGAACGCGCUAUCCCUGAUGUCAGUUUCUGAUCAAUCAACCGUGUCGUCGUCAUCCCCGCCAGUUGUUCCAAGGGAUUUUGAUCCAUUAUUGAAAGAUUUGAAUGAGAAGAAACAAAGUUUUCGGCGUAACGUCGUCUCGCUCGCGGCGGAGUUGAAGGAGGUUAGGAGCCGUUUGGCAUCGCAAGAGGAGUCAUUUGCUCAAGAAACCCUAAUAAGACAGGAAGCUGAGACAAAGGCAAGGAACAUGGAAGAGGAGAUGUUUAGAUUGCAGACAAGGUUAGAGGAGAGGAAUGGGCAGCUUCAAGCCUCGACAUCUGCUGCUGAGAAGUACCUCAGGGAAUUGGAUGAUCUUAGAUCACAGCUUUCAGUCAAUCAAGCAAAUGCUGAUGCCAGUGCUGCGUCAGCUCAGUCAGCACAGCUUCAGUGUUUAGCACUGCUAAAGGAGUUGGAUGAGAAGAAUAAUUCACUGAAAGAGCAUGAGGAUCGUGUAACUAGGUUAGGAGAGCAAUUAGAUAAUUUGCAGAAGGAUCUUCAAGCAAGGGAAUCUUCCCAACAGCUGCUGAAGGAUGAGGUUUUGAGAAUUGAGCAUGAUAUCAUGCAAGCUGUUGCUAGGGCUGGAGCAAACAAGGACUGUGAGCUCAGGAAACUGUUGGAUGAGGUUUCUCCCAAGAAUUUUGAAAAGAUUAAUAAACUUUUGAUUGUUAAAGAUGAAGAAAUAGCCAAACUGAAAGAUGAAAUCAGGAUUAUGUCAGCCCACUGGAAGCUCAAAACCAAGGAAUUGGAAUCACAGUUAGAGAAACAGCGCCGAGCUGAUCAGGAACUGAAAAAGAGGGUGUUGAAAUUGGAAUUUUGUCUCCAGGAAGCUCGUGCUCAGUCACGAAGACUCCAAAGGAUGGGAGAGCGCAGGGAUAAAGCUCUAAAAGAACUUAGAGAUCAGCUGGCAGCAAAACAACAAUGUGGAGCUAUGGGUAAUGAGAAACAGAAUUUCUGGGAAACCUCUGGUUUCAAGAUUGUAGUUUCCAUGUCAAUGUUGAUCUUGGUGGUGUUUUCAAAGCGGUGACUUCGUUUAGUUAUGUAGGUGUUGUGUAUAAUGAAUACCGGAAGAGUUUAGGAAAGCCCCAGAGCUAUUGCCCUUGUAGAAAGGCUUGUAGAUGUAGUACAGGAUCUUUUUCUCGGUAUCAGUCGAAAUGCCAUUUAUCCUCAUUCUGAGCUACAUGCCUACAAUGAUGUGAUUUCACUGUUAUUCUUAUGCCAACAAAAUGCAUGACAGUUCA